AGAGGGGUGUGGGGAGGAAGUGACGUAGAGAGUCAGUUAACAGCUAGCAACACGGUAUGUGCAUUCGUGGCUAGCAUCAAACAUUCCCUUGUUUCGUUUUAGCCUCCAGAAGAAAGUCAUUUAUUUCAAAGUAACCGAUCCCAAGUGAAUUUUCAUCAUGAUCUCUGCACCUCUGAAAACUACUGGCUGUGUAUCGAUUUCUCUGCUGGUUCUUUUGGCUGCGCUUUUGUAUCGCAGACACUCGGAAGAGAUUUUAAAAGAACGCUUGAAUCAAGUGUUGAGUGGACUUCUGAGAGCUGAAAAGAAGGUUCCAGCAGCCCCCAAACGAGUGGCAUUGGGAUUUGGUGGAUGCGAAGAUGUUUUCGUUGAAGCAAUGGAUAUAUUUCAGAGACUUAAUUUAACACCUCCUGCCUCACCACGACACUAUGAUUCAGUUAAAAACGGUCAAGAGCUAGCGGAACUACUUGCAUUCUUUUUUCAGCACGGUGCGGCAGCAGAGCGUUAUGUGGCUAACAAAACAUUAUUUGAAGAGAUUGUUAAGAGUGCAGAGUCCUCACCAAAGCACAGGUGGCAUCUGGGAGGAAAUGCACCUGCUAUGGUACUGCGUCUUGCAAAAGAAGGGCUGGAUGUUAUGCUGAGUGCCAGACUCACACAAGAUAUUGUUGACAGAUUGCCCAAAGAAGUGAAAGUCGUGGGGCAAACUUUGCAAAAGACUGACAUCCAUGUAUUGAUGGAGUAUGAAAAAGAUACUGUCUGGGGUCAGUAUAUUGCUCCAAGAGCAAACAGGUUGAUAGUCCAUAGUGAUGAGGUAAAUCCAUACCUGCAAAGUCUUGAAGAAUUUUCUGAAAACCUUAACAGAUUCAAACCACACUUGGUUGUUGUUGGUGGACUGCAAAUGAUGGACAACUUUCCAUUUAAAAAAGGGGAACGAUGGGCAAGACUACAAAUACUACAGAGUACUUUAAAAGACCUUCCACUGUCAACAAAAGUACAUUUUGAGAUGGCCUCUUUCACUGAUGUUGACCUCUUGAAAGAAAUUCUGGAAACUGUUAUUUUUUAUUCGGAUUCUUUAGGAAUGAAUGAGCAGGAGUUGCCUAAUUUAGUCUCCUUAUUGGAAACUGGAAAUGUCACUGUUAUUGCUGACAGCAAUCCACGGGUUGCAACAGUCUUGGACCAAAUGCGUACUGUUUAUGCCUACCUCAGACAGACUGUUGAAACAGGGGGCAAACGGAAAUUAACUCGCCUUCACAUUCACACUCUUGCAUUCCAAGCUAUUUUGACUAGCAAGGCAUCAUCUUGGAAAAACACCAUGUCUGCUGCUGCCAAGGCAGCUCUGACAGCUCACCGCCAUGUCUGUGGCUCAGACUACAUCGAUUUAAUGAAGACCAAAAUUCUUAUGGAUGAAUCUUUUUCUUCCAGUAGAGACGAAAAAAGCAGGCGAAUUAACUUUAUUGAUGAACGACCAGUGAAUUGCUGGGAAGAAGAUGAUUACAUUAUCUGCGUGGCACCAGGCCUUGUGUGCACCCACGUCAAACAGACAGGUGGGGGAGGAGAUAACAUCUCAGCAGCUGGUUUAGUUCUGCAGCUGUGAACAGUUGGUAAUAUACUGGUACGCUUGCUGUUCCUGCGGACUUCAUUUUCUUCCUUGUUGCGCUGCAUCUUUAUUCUUGAUGGAGUACCGCUGUUCUGAAGGAGUUUAUAUGCAGCUCCUAUGUCAGGUUUUGCUUCAGUGAAAAUUUAUAUUGAAAUUAAGUUUAAAAAGAAAACAUGAAGAAAUAUGAACAUUUUAUUCAAGUGUUCAUUGAGUGCUAGGGCUUAUUUAUUGACACUUUAUUUUCCUCUUGCCUCAGUUCAAAAUCGUCGCUGGCUCGUCACAAGCAAACAACUUUCUGGACAAGGUCAAAAUAUUUUUUGAUCAACAUGGCACUAACGCCAUAGUCAUAAAAAAUGCAAUAUAUUUUGCAUAGAUAGAUUAAAAAUAAUUGUAUUCAAACAGUAUGAAGAUUAUAUUCAUCUGUGGAUAAAUGUAUUCAACCAAAACAGGGUGUUUCUUGCAUGGUGUGUUUUUUUAAGCUCCAGUGCCUGUUCAGAAAAUUUUAUUGGGUUUAUGAUUUAGUCUUUUUUUUAGAAUCUUAUAGGGGCCAUCUGUUUUGAUAAGUUGAGGUGUGAGAUUGAGCACAUACAAAAAUUUACCACCAUUUGUGUAUGAGCGUUUGACAUACCUGAAACCAUCACAUAAUUUCAGAAUUUCCGAUUAACAGGACCAGUUUUCUUAACACCUAUAAAAGAUUGUCUACAGAAACUGCUAAUACUUCCACAGGUCACCAUGUCUGCACCAGUAGCUGUUGGCUGUUAUUUGGCUUCCAUUAAAUUACAGUCCACAGGUGUAGUGCUACUUUGUCAUAUAUUAUCAUUCCAACAGAAGAAAGAAGCUGACAAGGUAGACACAGUUAUUGAUACUUAGAAAUUUCCUGUUAAUGGGUUGUACCCCACUGACUGUGUUGAUACUGUUUCUUCAUUUAACAUUGCAGACAAUAUUUUACCCUUGUUUAGCAUUGUAUACUCUUACAAACAAAACUUAUAAUGUAGAUUUAUCAUCUGAAUUGGUCUUUCACUAUCCCUUUCUAUAACUAGAUCUGGUGAAAUAAAACACAUUUGUCAAUUUGGUGUCCAUGGGAUAUGACCAUUGCAACAAAGCCACUCAGCAUAAAACAUAAUGAAUAAGGAUUAUAUCCCAAAUUUUUAUGACCAUUUAUCUUCACUGCAACUGCAAUUUUUAUAUGCUUAAACUUGUUUGAAUUUUGCUCAAUUUCAGGUGCAUUUACCGAAAAUGAUUACAUAUCUAAUGUUAUGUCUGAUGUUACAUUUGCCUGUUACAAUGAUUUACCAUAUGGUCUUUUUUUAGGAGGUGCAGGGGUCACUUGAAAAUUGGAAGUAUUAACACAGCACAGUGAUGUGUUAUUUAGAGGACUAAUAAACUUACUGUUUCUAUAAUUAGUGUAUGGUGGCAUUUUGUAAUGUUUUGCAGCUGUUGUUUUUCAAAAAGUUGAAAAUCCAAAAUACCAAGAACUCACUUUAAAAUUAUAUUUUAAAAGCACGUAAAAGAAAUUUUGUUCAGCCUUUUUUCAUUUUAUUUUAGCUGAAGAAAUAUCCUAAUAGUAUGUGUGGAUGUGCAGUCACAUGAAUAAGUAGCUAAUGUUAGGCAGGCAAGUAAGGAAAUGGAAGCAAGCAGCUAUGUACUAAAAACAAUUUUACUGCCUUUGUUUCACUAAUUUGACACAACAGUGGGCUUCUUAUUGGUUGCCACCACCACCACCACCCAACUGUGGUUCAUAUUUUCUUGUUUUGUUGUUCUGUUGGACAGUAUUGUUGAAGCAUUUAAUAUUUAACUGUAUAUGUAUUAAUGAUUAUCUAUCACACAUGGUAAUGAAGUUAAAUUUUGUUCAUAAAGGAGCAGACAAUGAUACACGUUAGGAUAAUUCUUGUUGUAGUUGCUAUUUGUGGAGAGGUUUCUAAAUUUGAAAAUGUAAUUGACCAGUAAAAGUUACUUUGGACAGUUGGUCUCGGUAGUCAUCAAAGGAUUUUUUUUUUUUUAAUUAUAAGCUUGGGAAGUGAAGUAUGUGACUGACUUUGCACAUUUAGUGCCUUACAGUUGCUUUAUAAGUAUUUCCCUAUUGAUAUAUAAGGUAAUUUGCAAUUUGUUUUUAAGAUUUUAUGUUUGCUGGUAACUUUCAAGGAUGAAAAUGACAUGAUUUCUUUAAUAGAUGUAAAUAGACAUUGUUACUUGUCACAGGAACAUUAUUAGUUUUACUAAAUGUAAGUACACUGAUUUGUUCUGAAAGAGUCAAGAUUUCAUCACUUGAAGGCUUUGCACAUGUACUGACUUCGAAAACAAAACAAAAAAAAACAGAUAUAUUGAAAACAUUGUUUAAUUUUAACCUAUUGUCCAGUAUUAAAGUUGCAUCACAUGA